GGUGGUGGUGGUGGUGGCACCCUUUCUAUGCCACACGUGCAGGAUGUGGGAAUGGUGAAUGGACUGGUCACACCUUCAUGAACAAGAAGUACUCAGGGCUAGGCUAGGGGUGCAGGACUGUAUCGACGUACAAUUUCCAUUAAGAUUGAAGUACCCUCAUUGUCCCUCCAACCACUGAAAGAAAACUAAAAGCCCUGUAAACCUCUUGAUGAGCUAUUGAAAUGCAGGCAAAGCAAGUGUCCAUAGAAUUGGAGGGAAUUUCUGGGAAAACUCUGCUUAGCUUGAAAUCUGCAGCCAUAGUUACCACAGCAACGCGACAAAAUGGCAAUAUCCGUUCAAAGUGGGUCAAAAAGAGAUCAUGUUCUAGACCGCUUGGUUUGGAGGCGUAUAUGUACGAGGAUUCAGUGUCGAUAAUCACUCUGGUUGUUGAAGGAAAGCUGAACGAGCUGAAGAAUGUAUUGAAAGAGCAUGAUAUGACACUCAGUGAGGUAGAUAUAGAAGGCCGCACUCUCCUGCAUCAUGCAACACUGCACAACCAACAGCUGAUCAUGUCAUUUCUGAUCCACAGUGGGAUUAAUCUGGAUGCUGUGGAUAACAUAGGAAACACUGCUCUCCAUCUUGCUACUGAAAAGGAUCUCCCAGAUGCCUGUCACCUACUAUUGACAAACGGAGCAAGUGAUUCGAUCCUCAAUAAGGAUGUGUAUGCUCCCUUACAUUUAGCAGCACAAGGGAAGAACAAAGCGCUGGAGGCUAUCUUGGACCACCCUGUUGAAUUUUCUGUUGCUGGACAUCGCAGUAAAACACCUAUGCAUAUCAUCUGUGAAAAUGACAACAUUGAAGGGAUUAUCUUAAUGCAGAAGAAGGUAAUGGACAAUGUGAUGAUGAGCAAGAAUCGUUUAUUCAAAAUUUGUGCUACUGAUGACAACGGGCUAACACCAAUCCAUUUAGCAGCUCGCAAGAAUUCUCAUCGAGUACUUAAUUUUAUCAUUCAAUGCUGCACAAAUCAUGGCUACACUAUUGAGACAGUGCUUGGAUUUCUUGACGAGGAGAACAGUACUCCACUACAUGCUGCCGUUGACAGCUGCAACACUGAAGUUGUGAAAGUAUUGCUUGAGCAUGGAGCCUCCCCAACUGACUCCAAGGGCAAUCUCAUACCCCCUCUACAUCUGGCUUGCUCUCAAGGAAGGUCUGACAUGGUCAGGAUGAUGGUCGAGCGUGCUGGACCUCAAAUCAUUUUGUCCACAGAUCAAGAGCUCAAAACACCACUCCACCAUUGUGCUCUCUCUGUCCACAGCUCCUGCAUGAUCCCCUUCUUAGUCGAACGAGGGAAAGGAAUUAUCCAGAUUGAUGCCCGGGAUGCAAGAGGGCGCACCCCCUUACACAACGCUGUCACCUCUGCUAAUUUGGCUGGUACCAAAGAGUUGAUCUUUUAUGGGUCCAAUCCACUUGUGAAGGAUUGCAAAGGAUUGAAUGCUCUCCACCUUGCUUUAAACAGCAACAGGAAGGUUAUAGUCAAUGUCCUCUUAGAGCUGCCCUGUGCUGCUGAGCUAAUUAGCAAUACCUGUUGCAGAGGAUAUUCAGCUAUCCACCAUGCUCUACAUGUAGGCCAAGGCGGAGUUAUCCCUAAAAUGAUUGCUGCCCUCCAGUUCGAAGUCAAGAAGAUGCGAGACGAUGAAGGAAACAGCUAUCUACACCUAGCUGCUGGGAAAGGUGAUAUCAAAGCACUUAAAGCUCUCUUGGAUGUGCCUGAGAUUCACAAGCUGCUGAAUGAACCCAACGACUUUGGGAUCACCCCACUACAUUCGGCUGCUACCGGAGGACACUAUCAAUGCAUUGAUCUCCUGUUGAACAAUGGAGCAAUGUUCCACAAAGCAUUUAAUGGGGAAACAGCAUUCAUGAUAGCUUGCAAGAAAGGCUUUACGAACUGUGCCAGGCUAUUGAUCCAGUCCCACCCAUGUCAGAUCGCUAUGACAGACAACAUUGGAAACAGUGCUCUUCAUGCUGCAUCACAGAGUUUGACUCCUUCCAUGAUAACUCUCUUACUGGAUAAAAAUUGCAAGUUGAGCAUCAACUCAGAGUCACUAAGCUUCUUAGACAUGCUGAUAGACUGUGGACACUUUGACUGUGUCAUGGCAGUAAUUAAUCAUGGCCGCUGGCAGGAGUGUUUAGACUUUGGCUCCCCCUCACGUACCUGUCCAAUCUUACGCCUUAUUGAGCAAAUGCCAAAAGCAGCUAAAGCAGUAUUGGAUCGAUGUCACUCAAGAGCCAAUCUGGACAAGUCCCAUCCUGACUACUGGGAGAAAUUUGACUUCAAGUACCUCUAUUGUCAAAAAACGAUUGACAAUAAAAGCCAUCGAGGACUUGCUUUUGCUAUCCAUCCAUCUGAUAAAGAUGACAUCACUGAAACCACAAUCAAGUACAAGGGGAAUGUUCAGAGGACUUCAGUUGUAUCUCAUGAUCUAGUACGAGCUUGUAAAAAGAGGGUAUGCUUUGGACAAGAUACGAUGAUGACUUUGCGGAAAAUGAAGCACUUUAAGCGACAAGCUCUUCUCACUCAUCCAGUGGUUUCUGCUUUCUUGAAGUCUAAAUGGCAGAGGUAUGGAAGCAUAUACUGUUACAGUUUGUAUGCCCUUCAUUUACUGCUCACAGUACUUCUCUCAAUCUUUGUGAUUAUUGUGCCUAAUCCAGUUCAACAGCUUAUUUCACUGAACGAGACAGAGAUAGUUAGUACUGCAGUUGAUGACCCGUUUGAAUUAAGCCCCGGAGCUACGGCAUUACGAGCACUUGCUUUGGUCGUGAAUAUAAUUUUAAUUGCUGUUAUUGCAUUUAAUGUGCUCGUACAUGUAUACCUACAACGAAGUGGUGGAUUCAGUGCGUUCUUCCAGGUAUCCACCUGGUUUGAUUUUCUAUCCGUUACAAUCACUUUCAUCUUCUUUGUGUUUCCUAAUCCAUUGCAUGUUUGGUCACUAGGAGCUGUUGGCUGUUUCUUCUCAUGGUUCUCGCUUUUGUUGGCAUUGGAGCACUUUUCACUGGCAGGAACCAUUGUUAAAAUGUUUUUGGAGGUCACAAAAACGGUGUUUUUUGUACUCAGUAUCAGUAUUUUCCUUCUGCUUGCAUUUGCCUUCCCAUUUUAUAUGUUGGCUGGCAGUCUUAGCGAGUUUAACAAUGUUGGCUACGCUUUGCUCUCAGUAUUUGGUUUCAUGCUUGGGGAGUUGCCUUACGAUAUGUACGUCAAAUUAGAUGUGGCAGGAAAUCUUCCCUCUGGAAGUUUAGUACUUGUGUUUAUUUUGUUUCUGGCUAUCUUAAUGAGCAUUGUUCUAGCAAAUCUUUUGAUUGGUUUAGCUGUUGGAGAUAUUGAAAGAGUAAAAUUAAAUGCAAUUGUACAGAGGAAAGCAAUAGAAAUCGAGUUUUUUUCUCAAGUGGAUGCAUCUAUACCAAGACGCUAUCUAAAGAGUCUCUCUCUUCCAUCGUCCACAAUAUACCCAAACAAGAAUCGCUCAAUAUACUCAAAAUGGCAGGACAGUUGGAACUGGAUAGAGGCUCAGAUUGAACCAGAACAGUCCGAAAAUUUAAGCGCUGUAAGUGUCUCUUCUACAUGCUUGUCGGAAAUCACUGAACUAAAGCUUCAUGUUCUUGAGAUGAAAGAAACACAGCAGCAGAUGCAAGAAGCCAAUGCCCUGUUAAGAAGACACUAUCGAGGCUUGUCAGCUAGAAGCAGCUUCAGCUCACUUGAAUUUGAUCCUAUUGAAAAUCUCGCUGGCAACAUUGAACUAGACUAUCAGUAACUGUUUUGUCCUGUAGAUAUCUAUAAUUAUUAGUUUGGUUUGAAAACUGAAUUAACAUUGUACAUACAUAGGGGACCAUCAGAGGGGGACUAUACGUUGUUUAUGAUGUUUAUCGAUUAUUUAUGCUUCUGAA